AUGGAUAUCGAUGAGAAUGAUGUCGAUGGACCGGAUCACCAUCAGCAACAGCAACAGCAUGUCACGGCCGGCAAUCAACAGCCCAAGGAUGACAUUGAACAGGGAUUGAUCAGGGCCGAUUUCACAGAUCACGAAGUGAGAAUUUUGAAAACCGGCAGUUUUUUGGUCCCGAAGAAAACCCACAUAUGUAGUGAAGAUGCUGGAUGCAAAAUUGAGAUGUGCAGGAUGAUCCGGCAUCGUUCGCCAACACUGCAUACUGUUGUCAGCACUGAC